UUGAAUCGUGUUGUGCUUGUAUUUGUUUACAAAUAAGGACUAAAUAAAUCAUUCACUACAUUUUAAGUAGUUUUCGCAACUAAUUCAAUUAAAGCAUGAUACAUUGUGCUUAAAUUUAUUCUCAAUGUGAUGCUCAGGGUAUUAAGAGGUUUGACUUGUACAGUGCAGCGCACUUUUGGCAAACAAAACUAAUAAGAGGCAAAUGCUUGCUCUUCAUAAAUGGGUUAAAUGCUUGAAUAAUGGCGAUUGAAUUUUAUUUAUGUCACUGCAGAUGAACACAAUGGCCUCUGUUGGAGAACAUAGCUGUUCGUGCUGCAGCCUUCCCGUCUCUCCCAGUGUUCACCAGACAGUUAACGAGAUGGAUUUUGAACGAGGCAUCUGGUCGGCCGCGAUGGAUGGAGACUUGAAGAGAGUCCAAUCAAUAAUCCAAAAAGGCACCAAUCCAAACCUUAGGGACUCCGCUGGAUACACAGCUCUACACUAUGCAAGUCGCAGCGGUCAUUUCACUGUAUGUGAGUUUCUACUAAAGAAAGGUGCUUGUGCAUCUCCUCAGACACCAGGUGGUGCCACGCCACUUCAUCGGGCAUCAUUCUGCGGUCAUGUGAAUGUUGUCAGAUUGCUGCUGCACCAUAAAGCUGAUCCAUUGACCACUGACGAUGAUGGCGCAUCACCUCUACACAAGGCUGCUGAACAAGGACAUGAAAAUGUCUGUCAACUGCUUCUUGAGGCCUGUCCUGCCCUUUGCAGUCAGAAAAACAAGAGGCUUCAGCUACCCUACCACAUGGCCUCUGAAGAACAUUUGCAAAAGCUCUUAAAACAAUUCUUGUAACUGUACGUGGGUGGAAAAGCACCAACAGUACAAAGCUUAAAACUGUGACAUCCUUAGAUCUGGUGUGGAUUCUUUGGCUUGCCCAAAGGCGCCAUGACGAUGCCAAAUAAGCAGCACUCGUGCUUGUUCUAGCCACGUUUUCAAGAACUGACUUAUUGCCUUUCAGUCAAGACCACAUGCAUUAUACCUUUCUUUAAAUUGACCACUUAGCUCUAAUAAACUCAGAUACAAGCUGUUUUAACAUUUGCCACCCACAAACUCAAUAAGUAAGCGACAUUCUUAUAUCUUUAUUUCCUAUUAAUACAUUCGAAAUCUAAAUGAAUGCAACAUCGGUUCUGCGCAUAUACUGGAAGCUGUAUUACAUGUGUGAAACUAUGGAGGUAGAUUUCUGUCUUUAUUAUUCAAUCAAAAAAAGUUGCUUCAAUAAAAAAAAAGUCACUAAAUGUGUUUAAAUGCAAAAAUAAAUUGGAAACUCAAUAAAAUGCAUUUGAAAAACGAUUUUUGAUUGAUUGAUUUCUUUUUUUUUUUUUUUAUUGGUUUUUUUUUUUUUGAUUGAAGCAACUUUUUUGGGGAUUGAACGAUUUAGACACAAAUGUCCUACCCAUAAUAUGGCCCAAACACAAAAAGAACUGCUUAAAUCAAAGAAAACAUUUUAAAUAAAAAAAAAAAAAAGUGUUCAAAUGCAAUUUUUUCAGUCUCAGAUAUUUCUUUCGCAUCCAAAAACGUUUU